CAUUGGCGAGUUUCGAAGCCCAUAAACGCAUCUAAUUACUCCAACUCACCUUUUUUUCUCAAUCUCAUCAUAUCAUGUCUCCCAAUAAUUAUAUGAAAAUGUAUAAAAUUAAUAUUCAUUAUUGAAAAUAUCAAUAUAUAUACAUUUUCUUCUUCUUUUUCUCUUAUACUUAUUGAGUACUUAUUCAAAGAAGUGUGACGAAGAAGAAGAAGAAGAAAAGGAGGCAGUUUUUUGUGGACUAAAGUGGAAUCUUAUAUUUAUUAUUAUAUAUAUAAUAUAUAUAAGCAUAUAAAGAUUUCACAGAGAAAUUAAGGAGAGAAUUUCACAGGGAAGAUGGGUACUUGUGUUUCUAGACCAAAAGGGUGUGUUGGAAAGAGUUUAGAUUUGUCAAAAAAGAAAAAAUUCCGGCGAAGAAGAACUGUUCAGAGACGGGUUUCGUCUUCGGAUCGAUCUUGCUCUAAUCCUGCAUUUCAAGGAACAGCCAGAGCAAGUACAGAUCUUUCAUGGGUUGAUUGUACUUCGGUUAAUGAAUCUGAAUUGGAUGAAGAUUUCUAUAGCGUCCGUGAAGAUUUUGUGUCCGAAAAUGGGUCGAGAUUGAGUGUUUCAUCGCCUAGAGGGUUUUUGAAUCGAAAGGAGCACAGUGAAAAUAUUGAUGGGGUUUCUACCGUUGAAAGUGAUGAAGAAGAAGGGACAACACCACCAUUGGAUAAUUGUGGUCUUCUUCCAAAUAAUUGUUUGCCUUGUCUUGACAACAAAAAGAUGGCUGGUCCUUCAACUUUAAAGAAAAAAAUGCCUUCAAAACUUUCCUUUAAAUGGAGAGAAGGGCAGCAUUCUGAUCUCUCAUUAAUUUCGCCAAAGGUUCUUCGACAAAGGCCAAUAGCAGGUUCAACAGUUCCUAAUUGCCCGAUUGAGAAGAGAAUGCCCGAUUGUUGGUCGCGGAUUGAUCCAAGCACUUUUAAAGUUAGAGGGAAAAACUAUUUAAGGGAUAAAAAGAAGGAAUUUGCUCCAAAUUGCGCUGCGUUUGAGCCUUUCGCUGUUGAUGUUUUCUUAUGUCCGAGGAAGAUCGAUCACAUUGCUCGGUUUGUGGAACUUCCUGCUCAGAAUGCCUCUGGUGAUGUUCCUUCAACUCUUAUUGUAAAUGUUCAGGUGCCAUUAUAUCCAGUUUCGAUAUUUCAAGGCGAGAAUGAUGGAGAAGGAAUGUCCUUUGUUAUGUACUUUAAGCUUUCCGAAGGUUAUUCGAAGGAGCUCCCAUCUCACUUUCGAGAUAAUAUCACUAAAAUGAUCAAUGAUGAAGUUGAAAGAGUAAGAGGUUUUCCUGUUGAUACAAUUGCACCCUUUAGGGAAAGAUUGAAAAUUUUGGGAAGAGUUGCAAAUGUAGAGGAUCUUCAUUUGAGCACAGCUGAGAAGAAGCUUAUGAAUGCUUACAAUGAAAAACCUGUUCUUUCGCGUCCUCAACACGAAUUUUAUUUGGGAGAAAACUACUUGGAGAUCGAUCUAGAUAUGCAUAGAUUCAGCUACAUUUCGAGGAAAGGUAUCGAAGCAUUCCAAGACAGACUGAAGCUAUGUAUAUUGGAUAUUGGGCUUACAAUUCAGGGAACUAAGCCCGAAGAUUUGCCCGAGCAUAUCUUGUGUUGCGUUCGACUGAAUGAAAUUGACUCUACUCACUAUCAUCAACUGGGUUUUUGAAUCAAGAGGCUCUAUAUAGUCUAGUAGGUGCAAUUAUGUGAAAGGUUUUUCAGUCAUUUUCUGAAUUGAUCAGCAUAUCAGCCUCAAAAUUUGCCUGCCUUUUCUUCCUUUACUAUUUUUCAUAAACAAAAAAAAAAAACAACAACAACAAAAGGCCAAGUUUAACUUAUUUUAUGCCUAGGCUUGUGGUUUGGCAGCGAUUUUUUCUUCCUCUUUCGCUUCAAUUUUUUGAGGUAUAUUACAUUCAUUUGUACAUAAUAUCCGAAUGUAUAGUUAUAUUUCACAAAAUGAAGUGAAAUAAGAAACCAUGAAAGUGUUUCUCAUCAAAUUUAAUAAGAUGAUUCAUGUGAUUCCUCCA